AUGAUAUACUCGGAAGAUUCAUUUGAUGAUGAUGAUGUUGAUUUUGAUGAGGUUUUUUCGGCGGCAGCUGUUGAAGCCGCCAAGAGGAUUCCAGUGUCUAAUAGUAUAAGGACUACGAUUCAUGAUCCCUCAGUUGUUCCCAUUGCAAAUGGGCGAGCGACGUCAAUUGGUGAUGAAUUGUCACAACAGACGAAUAAAAGUAUUAAUGUGAAUCAGGAAGACUUGAAUAAUGAUAAGUUGCUUACUUUAAAGGGUGAAAAUGCUAUAUUAAGAGCGCAGUUGGAACGGAUAGCCAAAGAACAGGAUGAAGAACACGAUAAAAUGAGAUCCAAAUAUCUUGGAAUGAUCCAGGACAAGGAUUCGAAGAUUACUGCAUUGAAUGAUACAGUGGGGCGGUUCAAAGAUGAAAAUGAGUUUCUCACGUCGGAAAACAAGACCCUUUCCACAAAAUAUAUACGAGGAAGCCAAGGAGAGAAUAGGAAGAAGAGGAGGGUUGAGGAGGUCGACGAGACGCGGUUAUCAACACAGAUGCCAACGGAAACGCCGACUCAGAUAGGUGCGGUGCCAUCGACACUAGUGCAGUCAGGAGACACGAUAAGAGUGGCCAUAGUCAAUCAGGCAACGAUCUUUCAGGACGAAAAGAUGCUGUUCAUCGAAUCCAUAUCGAGCCAGGGAAUUCCGGGUAUGUCACAGACAAUCUUUGGCUAUCUUUCGAGGAUUUCGUCGUGCUUUUUGUACCAGUAUAAGGACUUUCAAGUGGGUAAUCGUGGCGAAAGCAUCAAGACAUCGAUUGUGAACUACCUUAUUGGAUUUGAAAACAAGAAUAGAAUCGACCUGCUUCUUUCUGAUUUUGUGGAAAUUCUUCUUGACUAUGUCCUAGGAUCAUUGGAAAUGCACGACGAGAUUAAUCAAGGAUUGAAAGGAAUAGAGAGUAGCUCUGAACAUAAUAGCUCGGCGUGUAGUGGUACCGUUAGUUGGCUCGAUGCUCACAAAGACAAGAAGGGAGAUGGCUCAGUUCUGCUCCCACUCCCGUAUCUUCUGGCUCUUGUUCGUUUCUCACUUAAUUACAGACCCAAGGCUAUCAGUACGGAGGUACUUGAGGAUACUACCAAGAAAAUUGUGUCUAUCUUGAAAAGCUUUCCAGAGAUAUUGAAACAGGAUAUGUUCUACCUUUCCCUUGGAGGCGAGGAGAAAAGUUUAGAACAUCAGGAACAUGCUUCCGAUGAAAAGGAGGGACAAGACCCCACAGACUUUCAAAUAGAGGAGAAAACGAUGCACGUGAGAAUCUUGGAGGUUUUCACAGUGUGCUAUUCAAUGGACAUCCUUGAAUCAUUAUCGAAGCUAUCUAUAUUUUCCAAGAGCUUCAGUGGUGGUGAUGACUAUGAAGAGGAUGAUGAAGAUAAAACUGCAAAGACGCUAGGCGCCUUUUGGAAUCACAUCCCAAGGGAUCUUGUCGUGAAUACUUUACUUUCGACCAAGACUCCGGCCAUCUUUGUUCAUAGUACGGUAGAGAUUAUGAUCAGUUCGAUCACGGGAACAAAAUUUGCAUUUGAAAAUGCCGGCCUGUUCACAGAAGAUCAAGCCCGUGAGACCAAAGUGGCUGUAUUCGAGAACCUGAUUACCCUACUAGACAAAGGAGGACUAGAUACUGACCUGAACAUUAACAUCUACGGCUUGAAUCGAGCCAUUGGUUCUAACUCAUACACCAGCCUCUUGGAACUGCUCACUCCUGUCAACGGACUCACAGAUAUACCGGUUACGCACUCUCCGGGUGCCUACAAAUCGAUCUUAUUUCCAGAGAGUCGAUCUGAUUCGAUGAAGCUUGAAUUCUUAGUUCUCAAAAUUAGAUUGAAGAUCUUGCAGAUGUUUGAGUUGUACCUUUCGUACGACCGAGGUGGGGAUAUCGAGGAGGACAAGUUGGUUCAUUUGAUCUCUGCACUUGUGUCUGUUCUAGGUAAGCAGCAAGAGAUGGUUUUACGAGCCCCGAGAUCCAAGAACAUACCUCUUCGAAUGGAGCUGAUAUCAACGAUUGUUCGGCUCAUUCAUUUUAUGGUGUCACCUCAAGGACCAGGAUCAGUCCAGGGACUUCCUAGCAUUACGUUACGAGAGAUGGUGAUCGCUUUACUUCGUAUAUCCGCUGACAGUCUUAAGAAUCUAUCAAUUGAAUAUGUGAGUAGGCUAAGGUUGAUCGAUGCGUUUAAAUACCCAAUUUUCAGCGAGAGUUUUGAAACUUACCUCAUGGAUAAAUUUGGAUUUAUAGAUGAGGUUGAAUACAACGAGGAAGAGCAGUUCAAAACGGAAAGAACACAGGUUGAAGUGAGUAGCAGCAAUGGAAUGGAGAUUAACUAUGACGAUGAGACAAUUGAUAUGGCCCGUGACGUGAUUGGUCAAUGCAUAACUAGUGAUGAAGCAGAUAUGCUCCAUUACAGUAUCAACUAUGAUAUUCCAGAAGAGGAGGAUGUGGAGAUGAGUAUUUAA